AUGACGUCGGCAUGCGGUCGUGGAGGAAAGAGCGUCUGCAACAUUCUGGGUGGGAACCUGGUGUCCAUCCACAACGCCCUGGAGAAUUUUUUCGUUCAUCAACUGAUUCUAGGAGACGACCGCCCGGACGACGCCUGGAUUGGACUCCAUGAUGCCAUUAAUGCAGACGACGACUUCAUUUGGACCGACGGCACACUGGAAGAUUUCCUAGCUUUCACCGGCUCAGAGCCCGACGGCACCGGCAACUGCAUCCAGAUCAAUCAAAGCGAUGGAUGUUGGGCGGACAUGCUCUGCACGGAUGACCUUCCGUACAUUUGCAUAAGAGAGACAUCCGUGUGGUGAGCGCUGGCGGCCCCACCUCGCAGGCUUCGCCUCACCUCGCCUCACCUCGCCGGCUUCUGCGCUGCCCGAGAGCAAACGUUAGCCGUGUCUUUGAUUUUCCAGCUUGGCUUCUUUUCUCUUUCAUUUUGUUUUUCCCCAAAAAGUACAGCAAAAAUCAACUUUCUAAUAAAACAAGGAACCUGUCUGCA